CACACCGCGGUGGUUGAGUGGAUCCCAUGUAAAGAGAAAGAUGGCGCCGGCCAUGCUGGUGCUGGUGGUUCCGCUGUGGCCAGCUGCCCGGGGGCUGCUCCGAAACUGUUGGGAAGGACUGCAGCGGAGGCUUCAGCAGAGUCGGCUAGGCUUCCCUAGUGCUCCGUGGGGACCAGCAUUAGCAGUUGAGGGUCCAGCCAUACUGACAGAACCAGCAAAUGCUACCAGUCCAAGUGAGGAGAAUUCCAGCCUUUUGGACAGUAUCUUUUGGAUGGCAGCUCCUAAAAGCAGACGCAGCAUUGAAGUGAACCGGUGUCGGAGAAGAAACCCCCAGAAGCUUAUAAAAGUUAAGAACAAUAUAGACAUGUGCCCCGAAUGUGGUCAUCUGAAACUGAAACACGUGCUUUGUGGCUAUUGCUAUGAGAAGGUGCGCAAGGAGACUGAAGAAAUCAGACGGCAGAUAGGGAAACAGGAAGGGGGCCCCUUCAAGGCUCCUGCCGUGGAGACCGUGGUGCUGUACACAGGAGAGACGCCGUCUGAGCAAGAUCAGGGCAAGAGGAUCAUUGAACGAGAGAGAAAGCGGCCAUCCUGGUUCACCCAGAACUGACAGCCACAGUGUUAAAAGAGGAUAACUUCAGAUUGAAACAUUUCUCCUGACAAAAUGAAGAUUCUUUGUUUUUGUGUUGUUGCUGUGCUUAUUUUUAAAUCAUCAAUAUAGUUUAAAACAUUCUUUAUAAGUUUUGUGGGGGAUCAUUUGAAGAAUACUUCAUGAAUAAACUCUGAAAAUAUUUAUUUAUACAAAGUUUCAAUGGACUAAUAUUUCCAUUUCACUAUACUAUGAGGUUUUAAGUAAAUGAAAUUCCCAGAACAAAAAUAAAACAAAUAAUUAAAAAUUUA